AUGUCCCGGCUGAGCGGGGUGAAGGUGGACGACGUUAAGAUCGAUCUCUUCCACUUCGAGGCGGAUCUGGUUGGUAACGGCUGGGAGUUCGGCCAGGAAGAGUAUCUUUUUGACUCCUUCAGUAUCGACGGCAAGUGCGUCACUGCCAUCGACAUGCGGUGGCUCAAUCUCGACAUGCGCCGCUGGAAGCGGCGAUUGAAGGCCAAGGAGCAGGCGCAUCUGGAGAUCCGAGCCAUGGCCAAGAAGCACACCAAGGAUCCGCGGGGAAAUCUCGCAGACUUCAAGCGCUUCCUGCGGAAAACGCACAAUGGCAGCUUGUUGCGAGCCUGGCGGCAAUCCCUGGUGGAAGGCGACGCGAUGAUGCUGCACAAGGGCCAGUUUUUCAAGGCCUGUGUGAACCUCAAGUGGCGCACUGAUGUGAAAGGCCUAUGGGAGCAGCUGGAUCGAGACGGCAGCGGCAGCAUCGGCAUUGAGGAGUUAGACUUCAAAGCGGCCGAGGGCUUGGCCCUUUUCCGCCAAUUCGUCAUGCAGAAGUUCGGCAACGCGACGCGGACCUUCGCAGCCUUGGACCUUGACGGAAAUAAGUUUGUCAGCGAGCCAGAGUUCAGCCAAGCGCUCAAGGAGUUCGGUUACGAGCAGCGGGACAAGCUCCUCUUCCACGCGCUGGACCGCCAUGGCAAGAAGAAGAUCAACCUGGAGGACAUCCUCUUCCUGGACAGCUGGAGGCCCAUGGAGUUCCUCCUGGCCACCCCCAACGCGGAGGCGGCCCAGGCCUUCAAGGCCAAGCUCCGGGACAGGUUUGGGAGCUUCCUGCGGGCUUGGAAGAUUUUGCUGGACCAAGAUGGCAGCAACAUGUGCAGCUUGGACUGGGCUUGA